UCUCUCUCUCUCCCCCUCCCUCUCUCUCAGUUCUCUCUAUCUCAAGAAGAAGAGUAAAUUUCUCUUUUUUCUUCUUUCUUCCGCUUCUCUCGGCAUCGUACUUAUCUCUGUAGGCGAUCUUCAAACCUCUGGGCCUUCGUGUUCUUCAAAUCUAUUUAAAUCCUCUCCGUUGUCCUGUUUGAACCAGAACAGAGAGAUAUAAAGGAGAUGACUACAGUUAACAAUAACAAUAACCACAACACGCAGGUGACCAAUCCGACUAUGACUGCCUCAAAGCAGCCUUUGCCCACCGCAAAGAGUGUGGAUACCCAAUCUGUUCUCAAAAGGCUGCAAUCAGAACUGAUGGCCCUAAUGAUGGGUGGUGAUUCUGGGAUCUCUGCUUUUCCUGAGGAAGACAACAUAUUCUGCUGGAAAGGAACAAUUACUGGAAGCAAAGAUACAGUCUUUGAAGGGACAGACUACAAAUUGUCUUUCUCGUUUCCAACAGACUAUCCAUUUAAGCCUCCAAAGGUGAAAUUUGAAACCGGUUGCUUCCAUCCCAAUGUCGAUGUCUAUGGGAACAUAUGCUUGGACAUCCUUCAGGAUAAAUGGUCAUCUGCCUAUGAUGUUAGGACCAUACUGCUCUCAAUUCAGAGUCUUCUUGGAGAACCAAACACAAGCUCGCCUCUAAAUACACAAGCAGCAUCACUCUGGAGCAACCAAGAAGAAUACAGGAAGAUGGUGGAGAAGUUGUACAAGCCUAUUCCCUAGCUUUGAAGUUGUAAUAAUGCACACACUUUCUUCUUUGGAGUGGUCGAAUGAGAUUGUUUCAGCAUGCUUUUUUUUCAAUUACACCUGUGAUUGCCUCUUGAAGGAAAAAGGAGUUGCUGCUAUUUGUGUUUUAAAAUAGUUGGUACUAAAAUAGUAGCGUUUGAACUGAGAAGAAUUAAAGGCUGAUUUUUUUUUUCCCAAUUGUUUGUUUUUCUUGUGUGCCUCUGGAAAUGAAGAGUAAAAAAACAUAAUCACAGAAAACCCAUUCUCC